CAGUUCAGAAAAAGAAAAUGCUGAAUGCUGCAUCUGGGGAGGAAUAACCCCAUGCACCAACACGUGGGGCAGCUGGGCAGGCAGCGGCCUGGCAGAGAAGGCCCCGGGGCGGCUGCGAGACACCGGGUGGGACAUGGGCCAGCUCUGUGUCCCUGCCCUCGGCCUCACCAGGCCUCACCUGGAGUGCUGUGCCUGCUCUGGGCUCUCCAGUCCAAGAGAGACGAGGAGCUACUGGAGAGAGCCCAGGGAAGGGCCACAAACACAGUGAAGGAACUGGAAUCUCUCUCCUAUGAGGAAAAGCUGCGAGAGCUGAGAUAGUUCAGCCUGGAGAAGGUGCAGGGGCACCAGACUCUCACCACAGGGCCUGACAAGCCUAAGGUUAAACUGGGGGGUUUAAGGCCACCAAAAGUGGCUGACAUGCCAUGAAACAGGGGCUUUCCCCCUCUGGGGUGUUCGCUGUCCUCACUAGGCAACAGCCGGGGUGCCACAGGCUCCUGCAGUCGGCACAUUUGGCCCUGGCCUCCUGCAAGUGCCACAGGCAGUGUGUGACCUCCAGCAGGACCGUGGCCCUGCGCUGGCAGCGCUGCCGCUGUGCAGAGACGUGGCCUGUGCGGGGGCUGCGGGUCCUGCAUGGGGCUGUCCCAGCACCUCAGCUUGAGGAGGGCACCACUGAGGGCUCCCAGACAGCUCCUCCUUCCCUGACCGCCUCCUGCAGAGCAUGGCACCCGGAGCCGAAGAGGCUCUGCAGGAGAGCGGCUCGGCCACGACGGCCGGUACGAGCCAGAGGCAGUGGGAGGCAGUGGCAGAAGGCCUGUGCCCCAUCUGCCUGGACAACAUGGACGACACAGCCCACAUCAUCCCCUGCCUGCACACCUUCUGCUUCGGCUGCAUCCAGCAGUGGGCUGCCGUGCACGCCGUGUGCCCGCUCUGCCGGCAGCACUUCAGCCGCAUCCUGCACAUGGUGAGAGCGGACGACGACUACCAGGAGUGCGUGGUUGCCUCGUCCUCCCGCCAGCAGAGUCCCGCAGCCAGACAGAGAGUGCGCAGCAGAUCCCCACAGUGGCGCUACCACCUGCGCCCACGGCCCAACAACAAUCCCACUGCUGGGAGAAGGGGGCCGGCAGAGAGGGACUAAGGGAGGGCUCCAAGGAACUCCGACACCUCUGCCCCACAGACUGCAGGGGGAUGCUAAGCCAGCCCUGCCGAUGGACCUGUCAUCCACUUGGACUUGCUGAGAGCGCAGCUUAUGGCCUUCAUGCAACGUGAAUGAACAUCCAGAAUCUUUCCAGAGCGUGCAUCUUUCAAAACCAUUUGGUACACUGCACAUGAACCCACUAAUUACAGGGAGGUGUAAUUUUAUCUCUCUCUUUUUCAUUACUAUUAUUAUUCUUCACAGUAGUAUUGUUAUUAUUAAAAUUAUUAAAGCGUUCUUACCUUAACCCACAAGGUUUAUCCUUUUCUUUCCAAUUAUCCUCCCCAAUGGGGCGGGGGUGGCAAGCAGCUGCAUGGAAUUGGUUGCUGGCUGGGGUUCUCUAAUUUGAUGUGCUGGUGCUGGAAAAUCAUUGUCAUCAUUGCCACUGUACAAAGAUCCAAAGCUUUUCAGAGCAUGAUUCUCUGAAAAUCAAAGCAAGCCACUGCAGGCAAUGCUUUCUAGCCCUAUCUCAAGAGUGUAGGAAAACAAAAGGGGAAAUUGUCUGGAGUGUACCAUAAACUACUUUAUUAAAAAUGCUGCAACAGAGCCCCUUUGGCCCACACUCUCCCAGCCUUGCCCCUCCAAGCACCAGAGCAUGGUUGUCCAAGCCCUGUGGCCAUGAGCCAGGCCACCUGACCUGAAGCAAAGCCAGGUCCAUGGACACAGGCCAUGCUGACAACCCUCUCCCUGCUGGUACCUCUACACCCAAAUGGCUCCAGUCAUCCACCUGUCACAGCCCUCUGAGCCUUCCUCUGCCACUUCUCUACAGCAGCAGCCUGGCUCCUCCAGCCCCAAAUCCCAUGGCCAUGGUAGGAAUGGAAGAUAAGAUAUCCUGGUGUUCUGGGAACAGGCUUCACAGAAGACACUGACAGGGAAUGAUCUGCACACCUUGGCUUGGUCUCUGUCAGACAGCAAAGCUCUAAACUCUGAGCAUCCUGGGCCUUCAGGAGCCAGUCAAGGAGCAGACUGCAAUGCAAACAAAGCAUAUUUUUGCAUCUGCCCCACUCCCACUCUUGCUGAGCCCUUCCCAGUCCCUUGCUUUUAAUCCUUUCCCCAGACACACCAGAACCAGCCUUGAACCUUUGCACAAGCUCUGCAACAACCCCCUCUCAUAGAGUCUGAGCAGCUCCAUAGAUUCUUGCCCAAUAUCCCACAAGGGUCCCCCCAGUCCUGCUGGCAGAGACCCCCACAGCCAGAGAAGCUCCUGUGCUGUGUUCCUGUGGGAUCCAUCUCAGAUCUGCAAGAAAGGGCCUGGAGGUCCUGGGGACACCAACAAGCAAACAGCACUGUCAGUGUGCCCUGUCAGUUGGCACAAAAGGCAAACUGCCUCCUGGGGGACACUGGGAAGAGGAGUGCUGCCAGCAUCCCCCCCUCUCCUCAGCCUUGAGAGGCUGCACCUGGAGUGCUGUGCCCAGCUCUGGGUUCUCCAGUCCAAGAGAGACAAGGAGCUACUAGAGAGAGCCCAGGGAAAGCCCACGAACACAGUGAAGGAACUGAAGUCUUUCCCCUAUAAGGAAAAGCCAAGAGAACUCAAUUCAGAGAAAGUGCAGAGGGAUCUCACCACUGUUUGUAAAUACCAGGUGCAGGGAGUAAAGAAGAGGGAGCUUGACUCCUCUUGAUGGUGCCCAGUGACAGAACAAGAGGCAAUGAGUACACAGUGAAAUUACAUUUAAGUACGAGACAACUUUUUUACUGCGGUGGUGGUCUUGGACUGGGAAAAUUGUCUAUACAUUUAAGCACAAUCACUAGCUUUCAGUAUCAAGAAGAAAAUGGAAGCAGAAGGUAACCUUUGUUCCUCUACCACCUCACUAGGUACACAGCUGUGCAAUUAACCUGUCAAAACAAGGCAGGAACCAACUACUGGGCCCCUUACACUUCUAACAAAACUUCUGAUAAAGUUAUCACUAAUCACAGAUUAACAACUAUAAAAUAUGUGUGAAAAAUGCAUUACAACAUAGAACAAAGCCAGAUUACAGUUCUUGGAUGGCACAAUGAAUGUACACAUGAAGCUCUUGACAGAGAUGAUGACCAAUAUUCCUCUUAUCUCAGAUAAUUUACCAUGCCCAAGAACUGGGAAAACAAACACUACUUCACUAUGAAGUUUUUCAGAGAACAGUAAAAAGAAAACACACUAACUCUGCUGCAGUAUCAGAUACAUCUAUUUAACUUGUUCAUAUAUUCAUCAGCCCAUAAAAGGGAAUGAGAGGCAGAGCAAAUCAAAUAUCAGGAAGUGUUACAAUAGGUAAUAAUGCAUAUGAAACUGAUAUAAGGAGAUCUGUGUGGAGCAUGCAGACUUACCCUUAGACGAGAAAUUGAAAACCAUUUCCUAGGGUACCAGAAUUCCUUUACAUGUUUUUGGUCCGAUAUAUUUCCACUAGCUCUUUGUCUUACUAGUGUAGCUAACAUCUACAGUACCAGCAAAACUUGCAAUAAAAGCACUGACCUGCCAUUAGCCUAUUCAGAGGUAGCUAGGUGGUCAAAUUAUUGAUCCAAAAAAUAUCUUGUAGCAUCAAACACUGCAUUGACAAUAAAAAAUACAAAAUUAAAAAAACCACACUAAAACAAAACAAAACAAAAAAAACCAAACCAAAAACAACAAAAAAAACACCCCCCACACACACAUUUUUCUGAUUUUAUUCUGAGAUUCACAUUGUUCUGCAUUAGACAGGACUGUGCUUUGCUGCCCAGGAAAUACAAAACGGAAGUUCAGUACUGCAGAGCAGUGUCCAGUAUAGCAUUGGACAGUAAAAGAACUUCAGAACCAAAACCUUUGUUAACAUGUGCAAAAGAACAUAUGUCCACAAACAUCCAUGGUCCUUCUCCCACACUUAUACAUCCACGCAGAUCCUCCAACCACUCUCUGAAGCUGAGAAGAUAGGAUGACCAGAGAUCUGUGUGGCUGCAAAGCACAAAGGUAUCAUCACUUCCUUGGCUAGGUUACUGCAUUACUAAUGUGUUUAUAUUAACUUAUAAACACUGACACCACCACAACUCUUUGGCAUUAGGAGGUUGUGAACAUAUGUGUUCAAAAUAGUUUUGUUUUCAUCAGUAAAUAGGUAGGGAUGAGUCUUGACAUGCCAAGUGUGCCUAAAUGAAAACUUCUUUACUAUGCUUCAGUAUUUUUAAAUCUGCAUACAAUUAAAAGCAUGCUAGCUAGCAAAUUCUUUAAAACACUUUCCUAAUACGAGUAGGGCAAAAGGCUCUAUAAGUGGAGUCAGAAGGGUUACAAACUUCUCUAAGAAAGGGUUACAGUGCAGUGAUGGUUGGCCAAAAAUGUCAAUCUUUUGCAGUAGAUACAUUCAAAAGGCAUCACUGUUAUUACAACUUUGCUCUUUACCAAACAGUAUGCUUAGUUUAGCUCUUUUCCUUUUUUUAUUAAACAGAACAUAUAACAAAGAA